UGGGUAUGGCCGCAAGGCAGCGGUGGUUUGAAGUCAGAGUUUUCCCUCUCUCCGAUGGACUGCCUUUCCCGGCUGAUGAGCUCCAUCUACCUGAAAUCAAAUAUGUACAGUAUAUAUUAUCAUACACAACUCUGAGGUUCAUUUUUUUGCAGGAGUAUGCAGGGGAAAAAGAAACAGAAUUUUACAAAAAAAAAACUAUACAUGAAGACUGGCAAGAGUCUGAUGGUUGUAAGGAAGAUUGUUCAUGAAACUGAAUGUUACACAGUGCAUUGAGGUAGAACAAGGUUAACAGUAACAGUGCAGAAUAAUUGUAACCACUACUGAGAAAGUACAGUGCAGUUAAGAUGCAAUAUUAUAACAAAGUAGAUUAGAGUUCAAGGGUCAAAAGUCAAAGUAAAAUUUAUUAUCAAAUUUCAUAUGUUCCUAUAUACUACCUUGAGAUUCAUGUUAAUCGAAAUUAAUGCUAACUGACUGCUUCCAAGUGAUGUUGAUGGAGAAUUGAUGUUAGCCCUGUUCCCUGUGAUUAUUCCUCUGUGGAUUGAAAUAGUGUUAAGGUUUCCUGUACAUCUACCUGGGAUGUCUCAGUUUGGUCAGAUUUGGCGUAAUGCACACGACAUUUUUAUUAUUGAUCUUUCUACUUUUUGUUCGGUACAGAUUUCUGGUCUUGACCUUGUCCCUAUUUUUGGUCAAUAGAUAUUGCCCUAUUGUGCAUCACUUUAUCAUUUCUAUCUUUUGAAAGUGCAGUACUCUUAGCAGCCGAAUGUCACUCACUCAGCUGACGAAGGAUUCUAAGUGCCGGAAAUCUGAUAUAAGGACAAAGCGCUGGCACCAAGUUGAUCGGCAUCUGCAAUAGAAAGCUAGGAUAGCCCUUUGGCUGCAAGCCUAUUCCACAACUGGAAUUGUUAGUCUGGGAGACUCUUAAAGUAGCCACAGUGGGGCAAAUUGCGACUUGUUCAAGAAAGCAAAGCUGUUGCAUUCCCGGACGUGUCUUGACUUAUAUCAAAGAGUUCGUCUAGACUGUGCGACAUGCAAUGAAGUUUCAAACAGUUUUUCGUCUCUCCCCUGGUGCAAGUUCACUUGCUCGUCUGCUCCGAGUAUUUUCUGCUUUUAACUCCAAUGUAUGUUCUCAUUUGGCAGGAAUGUUUACACGAUGGCAACUUCUGAUGGAAAGGCUUUGGGGUAUCAGGAGAUCAUUACUGUACAAGAUGGACCACUCUGAUAACAUUAGCAUGAUCGCCCCAGGCAUAAGACGUCGUGUUGUGUCAAAAAACGGUCAUAACAAUGUGAAGAUUGACCAAGUGGACGGCUGGGCUUAUCUCUACCUACAAGAUCUCUGGACCACUGUCAUUGACAUGAAAUGGCGCUACAAACUAACUCUCUUCACGGCAACGUUUGUGAUGACCUGGUUUCUUUUUGGGAUUCUCUGGUACGCCAUUGCAUUUGUUCAUGGAGAUUUAGAGUUACUUCACCCACCAGCUAACCACACGCCAUGUGUUGUGAACAUUGAGACCUUAACAGGAGCGUUCCUAUUUUCCCUCGAGUCCCAGACAACCAUAGGCUAUGGUUUCCGAUGUAUUACAGAGGAGUGCCCCUUUGCUAUAAUCCUGCUAAUCACUCAACUGGUCAUCACCACAUUGGCAGAGAUCUUUGUCACGGGCACUUUUCUGGCUAAGAUCGCAAGGCCAAAAAAACGCUCAGAGACCAUCAGGUUCAGCUAUCAUGCUGCCAUUGCCAUUAGGGACAACAAACUCUGUCUCAUGCUUCGCGUGGCAAACAUGAGGAAGAGUCUCCUGCUCCAGUGCCAGCUUUCUGGGAAAUUCUUGCACAACCACAUCACAGAGGAAGGAGAGACCAUCAAACUCAGACAGGAGCAUGUGGAUUUUCAAGUGGACACUGGCUCAGUCAGUCCAUUCCUCAUCUUUCCUUUGACUUUUUAUCAUGUAAUUGAUGAGAAAAGCCCUCUGAACAGGUACACAUCGGCUAAUCUGAGGAACACUGACUUUGAGUUGGUGGUCAUUUUGAAUGCCACGGUGGAGUCAACAGGUGCUGCCUGCCAGAUCAGAACCUCUUACGUGCCAGAGGAGAUACUCUGGGGGUAUGAAUUUAUGCCUCUUAUGUCACUCUCUCCUGGUGGGAAAUACUUGGUUGACUUUAGUUUCUUCGAUAAGCUCAGGAAGAGCUCAAACCCUUAUUUUGCCUCAAAUGUACUUGGAUAUGGAGACAUUGAUAAGCUAAAGCUUGAGGAACAGUACAGAGAGGAUGAACAAAACAAUCUGAUCAGUCGAAUCCAAACUGUUCAGAGCAAUGUCUAACAAUGCCUUGAGACACAAUGUGACAUGGAAGACUUUAGUGCCUUUUGAAUGUCUUAUAAUCCAGUGCACAUUUGUUUGGUACAUAAUCGGCAUUUAGUUAAAGCCAUUAUCAGAAGGUCCCCAAUGGUUUUAUGUAAAAUGAUCAACAUUAGUAAAAAUGUCAAGGGGGAAUAUUGUUUGUCUUUUCAUUUGAUUAAUUGCUUUGUUGAAGUUUUUAAUGAUGUAACUUCUCCAGUGGCAAUGCAUUGGUGUUACAAUGGUUAUUGUUCCUCAAAAUUUCUCUUAUUCCUUCUGAUCUUUAGUGUAUGAUGCCUAAUGUUUUUCGAGCUGUUGCAUCCUUUGUUUGCACCUUGGUCCCAAAGCUGCAGUGCAGUCAUCUACAUCCUUACCCUCUUGGCUUUAAUGUACAAUCCACCAUAGGAAGUAUUUAACCAGCUGGUGCCCAAUAGGUAAGACAGCCUGACCAUUGAAUUAUAGAAUCGUACAGCACAGAAAGAGCCCACUAUCUUUAUCCUUGCCAUCAAGUACCCAUCUAAACCAAGGGUUCCCAAGGUUUUUGAUGCCACGAACCCUACCAUUAACAGUCCCCUCUGUGGACUGUGGGUCGGAAACCCCUGAUCUAAACUAAACCCAUUCAUCAUUCCUUUUAUGUCUUUAUAGGUAUGGUUAAUGUUUUAUUAACCUUCAAUUUCAUCAAUUUUAAUAAAGUAAUUUCAAGUUUAAUUGUCAUCGAACUAUACAUGAAUGCCUAUGAAUGUAGUCAAACAGUACAGCGUUACUCCGGGGCCAAAGUGCAAAACGCAGUACUAACAGUUGUACACAGCAAAACACACAUAUAGCACAUCUAAGACAGCAGUGAAUACAGUCACAUAAAAAAUUAUACAGUCCCAAGUAUUCAACCCUAGGUAAUUUCUAAAAUAAGUACAUGUUCGGCAGACCAUCGCAGGGCAAAGGGCCUGUUUUGUGCUGUAGGUUUUCUAUGUUUCUAUUCAAGUCCAUGAAUGUUGCAGCAGUCAGCAGCUGAAAGGAUCAAGUGCUUUUCCUGAUUGUAUGAUGAAUAAACUAUUCUCGGGCUUCCUGCUGGGUAUAGAUAUUAAUUAUAAUCAAUGUUCCGAUGACAAACUCCACCAUCUUCGUCAGAGAAGGUGGAGCCUGUCAUCGAAACGUUGGCUAUAGCUGAUAACUGUAUGCAGCUGGAAUCCCAAGAAUAGUUUAUUUGUCACAGUACAUCUUAUUGGUGCUAAUUUCAUAUAUAACUGCAAGUAAUGUACAUCAACAUGCAAACACUUUUCCUGCAAAACAUCGCUGUCUUCCUGUUUUAUCACAGGUUAGUAUAGGGCAUGAACUGGCCACACACAGUGCCCUCUUUCUGCUGCUUUAAGUUAGGCCCCUAACAAGGUGAAAAGCAGAAUGAAAAGAUACCUUGCACAAAUCAAAACUUGUUAGAUCUAUCCUCUCCCCAUCCUGAGCCACGGGGGCUCUCAGUCCACACACUGCUUCAGCCGAUCGACCCCUGCUUUCUUACCACCUCUAUCUUUUUGAUCUCUUCCAUUCAACCUUAGGACUUGCUCAAUCUAGUCUCCUAUCAUACCUCUUCUCUGAUUUCCCUCCAGGUUGGCUGUACUAUCCAUCGACAGCUCUUUACUAAGCUGAGCUCUGUCGGGCUGUUUGCAUUUUGUGAGAGUUCUUUUAAUUUCUUGGGGCCGAGUGAUUUGUUUCCAUUGGUGAAGAUAACAACCCUUAUCUCAGACCUCUCUAUAUUGUAUCUCUGCUGCAGAAGCCCAUCAUUUUCACUUAUGCCAAACAGUUUUUACAGUGUCACAUAAUCUUUGAAAAUGAUUUCAACUCUAGGAACUCCAGGCACUCAGUCACAGAGAUUGCUCUGGAAUUGCAGGUGGAAAUGGGCCUUUCAGUCCAAACUACGAUGCCCACCAAGAUAGUCCCAUAUGCCUGUGCUUGGCCCUAUCACUCCAAACACCUUCUAGUCACGUACUUAUCCAAAUAUUUCUGAAAUGUUAUCAGACUUCCCUCAGCAAUUUCCUCUGCGAACUCAUUCCACAUAUGCACCACCCUUUUCACGAAGGAGGUGCCCCUUGGGUCCCUUUUAAAUCUUUCCCAUCUCACCUUAAACCGAUCCUCUAAACUUAAACCUAUGCCCUCUAGUUUUUUAGUUCCUCUUCCUUGGCAGGAGUAAAAGGUGAACAUAUAUAGCCCACCUAUACCCCCUCACAGUUUUAUACAUCUCUGUAAGGUCACCCAUUUAUAUAACCUGUCUAACCUCUUCAUAUCACUCAGGUCCUCAAGUCCUGGCAGCAUUUUCUCAAUCUUAUUUGCACUCUUUCCUGUUCAAUGAUUGGCCUUCGGUAAUAGGGUGACUAAAAGUUUAUGCAAUACUCCAGAUGUAGUCUCACCAGUGUCAUAUACAACUGCAAUGUAAUCUCUCAACUCCUAUACUCAAAACCCUCCCUGAUAAGGCCAGCAUGCCUAAUGCCUUCACCCAGUGUCCCUGUGAUGCCACUAUUAGCAAGCCAUUUAUUUGUCCUUCUAGGUCCUUCAGCUCCACGUUCUGAGAUCCCUCUGCUCUUCUCUUUGUCAGGGAAAGGGGCAAUGCAAUGUAGCUGGUACAUUGCGGCAGGAGAUGUUGUCACUCACUGAGGAGCAUGAAUACAUGGGAAGUAGGAGGGGAGGAGAACUCCCAGGAGUUUCCUCAGCCCCCUUUGGUGUAUUAAUCAAUGAGAUCCAGAUGUUUGCCUUGGUUAUGGGUGCUCUGCAUAGAAACACAAUAGUGCCCUGGUUUGAGGGUUUGGUGUUUACCAUUGACUGGAAAAUUUCUUACUUCCACAUACUGCACAAUUACACGAUAUCAAGUUGGUCCGAUGGUCAAGACAAGGAAGGAGGGGUGGGGUGGUCAUCAAAUGUUAACACUGUCAGCCGUUGUUAGUAAUGGCAAUGGGGCAAUGGAAAGGUUGGGAAUUAGGAGAUGGGGGAGGGAUGACUGGUGGAGGUUCUGGGGUCGGAGUCUAGGAAUCAAAGUCCCAUGGUGGGUGAGUCCUGGGGCUGAUACUGGGCCCAAAGGUUGGAGACUGAAACUAGCAAGUCCAGAGGUCUAGACUCCAAAAACAGCAUCUUGUUGAAACCCCUGGAUCUGUGUGUGUGUGUGUGUGUGUGUGUGUGUGUGUGUGUGUGUGUGUGUGUGUGUGUGUCUGUGUGUGUGUGUGCGUGCGUGCGUGUGUGUGUGUGUGUGUGUGGAGUUGGUUUGCUUGGUUGAUGUGUUUGUGAGAGGGAAAAGAAAGGGCAUGAAGGACAAGUUGACAGGUAAAUAACAUAGGUAAAUAGUGCAUCCCCGACAUUAACCCAACAGCAACACACAGCGUUCUGGAGGAACUCAGCAGGUCAGGCAGCAUCUAUAGAAAUCCUUCAUUAGGACUGGAAAGUGGGAUAGAAGGUGGUAGGAGCAGAAGGAGACAAGCUGGCAAGUGGUAGGUGAGAGCAGGUGAAGGGAAGUUACAGGGUGGGAGAGAGGAAAUGAAGUAAGAAGCUGGGAGAUAGGUGGAAGUGUUAAAGGGCUGGAGAGACACAGGAAAUGACGGUGGACCACGGACCAAGAUUUCUUCAGGGAGGGGCUCCUUAAUUCCCAGGGUAAAAUGUGGACUGAAAGCAUUACUCGGCUAUGACUGCCUGAGGACAAACACGCUUCGGAGCAAUUUAUGCCUAUAUGGCUUGAAAUGAGCAUUGACCCUGGAAGGAUGUGAUUACAUGCAUGUUUGAUCCAGAAAGCAACUCACUUGGGCAAAAGUGACAGGAGAAGGGAACACCUGGUCCAGUUUCUGAUGUGGCUUGAUUCAAUCUGGGGAAAAACGCAUUCACAAUUUAUCCCUGAAAAUAUUAAUUUCCAGUCGUGCAAAAGGCAGGCCUUUCUGGGUGGUUUGUUUUUAUUUAAUAGUUUAUGCAUUUUCCUGCUAAAUAUUCUCUAAACAUACCUAUAUUUAAACAAGCUACUCUUAAUUGUAUAUUGUCCUGGAAUAAUAUGACCUAUUUUAAUAUUAAUAUUAAAAUAUAAUAAAUUGGAAAAUGCAUGGACUUUCAUUCUCAGAUUGAAACAGUUCACUUUCAGUCCUGAUAUUCCCUAAGUUGUUUCACAAUAGUGACCACUCCUCAAUUUCUUACCUCUUGGUAAAGUUUCCAAACUGUAUUAGGGUUUAUUUUGAUGACAAGCAGAGAUCAGUAACCAAAUGCAGGAGGUGACAUUGCAACUUUAAAAAAAAUGUGAUCCUUCCCCAGUGUUCAAAGCCCUGACAGGGUCUGACUAUGACGCAUUGGCUGGCACCUGGAGCUCUUUGCCUGAGCUGCUGGAGGUGCUGCUUAAAUAAACAUUGUUUUAACUGGAUUGCUUUACCUUUGAAGGUCAGGUAACGGCAAUGGCAUUAGAUCUGAGCAUUAACCAAAGCAAAACACUCAAAAAGACAAAAGGCUAACACACUCAAGGAUUCUUUCUUUAUUCUUUCAUUGAUUAUAGCCAUAAUUUUCCAAAUCUAUGUUCACAAUCAGCACCCUAAGGCCGCUAACUAGUGCAGUCUGCAAAACUUGAGUAACCAGCUAUGAUGAUCCACUCCUCCGUCUAGAAGCGAGGUCUUGUCCCAUGGGUGUGGUCCUUUGACAAUCAUUUCACAGUGGAAUGAAUAAGCAUGUGACUUGCACUUGAAUAAAAAAUAACUUUUAAAAGAUUGAUAACAGCUUCUGUUCUUCAGCUGAUAAAUUGGUGGUGGAAUGUUGGCUUUUAUUAGACUUGAACAAGUGAUGCAACUAUUUGAAGCAGUCUAUUUUUUGGUGCAUUGCUGCACUGAUAUUAACUGGAAAGCUUUUUAUGGCUGUUUUAAUGUGUAUGCAUACUGUUUAUUUUUAGUUUUGUGAAGCAUAUUUAAAUUACCCACUGUUUCCAUCUAUUUAUGUCAGAGUUCAAUAAAUCAGAUAAUUAAUUGCAAA